ACUAAGCGAUUCUGUGCUUUUCUCAGGAGUUUACAGGUCAUAAAUUAUGUCGAUGUAGAUCUAGAAGUUGAAUCAGUCGCGAUGACUGCCAUGGCUGUGUCAAUGUGGCGAGCCUGAUGAGAACGAUGGCGAUGGGCGUACACGAUCUCGGCUGAUAAGAGAAUAAGGAAAUGGCGGCUCCAGCCAAUACAAGUGUUGAGGGACUUGCCGGCAAGUGUCCAGAUGUUCUGAAAAAGCUGAUACAGGGCACCGUGACUUUUAAAACACUUUCUGAAGGAAAACCUGUAUUUGAUGGCAUCAAAACAGACUUUGAAAAAGCUGGGCUGAAUGUUGUGAAGGUGCUAGAAGUUAAGAAUCAUUUUCUGCGGGACGAAUAUGAGAAUGAAAAAGGUUUUCUAAACAAGAGGAAAGCAAGAGAGCGAAAUUUCAGUCUGAAUGAAGUGUACUUGUACCAUGGGACAAAUGAAUCGAAGGAGGUGUUUCUUCAAGAAGGAAUGGACAAUCGAUUGGCAAGCAAAGGUCUAUUUGGAAAGGGUAUCUAUUUCAGUGAUGAUCCUAAAAAAUGCCUUAUGUAUGCAGAGAGAGGCACAAAAGAUGAGCUGAUUCUUCUUACAAGGGUUUUGCUCGGUGAAUCAAAGGUAUAUGAAGAUGGAAAAACAGAUCGAUCCCUGAAACGUGAACCAAAGAAAGAGAAUCCCGGCCAGGGGUCCAGAUUCUAUGAUUCAGUUCAGGGACGUUGUGGCGCCUUUCGGGAGUUUGUGAUCUAUGAGAAACGUCGAGCUCUUGUUGAGUGCAUUAUAACAUUCACAAAAGUCUUUGAUGAUAGUCAAGCUAAGAUUAAGAAGCCUGUGGAUCCCUCAGGGAUCAAACUGGAGAAAAAAGUGAAGAUUCAAGCUCAAGCGUUGUCUCAUUCCUCACCAGAUCCAGGUGGCUCCAAUGACGAUGAGGCAGAUGAAACGGAUGUGAUAGAUUCAAGUGGCUCCGAUGACGAUGAGGAAGAUGACACAGAUGAGAAAGCUGAAGAGCAGUCCCAGGGCUCAUCAUAUGAGGAGUGUGAGGACACUGUAGAUGUUUCCAAAGCUUUAGCAAAAGAUGAUAAAGAUCUUCAAAGAAUGGUCACAGAGUUUAUGGAAAAAACCAAAGAAAGAUCCCCAUAUGUGGCAAGACUAUUUGUGGUCCUGGAAGAUCAGGAUGUUGAUGCAGCAGUUACUCAAUACAGGAUUGACCACACAGUCGUAUUAACUCAAGAGGAGGAGAAGGAGAUGACAAAGAUAUCUGAAGAAUUGGCGGUAAAGCUGAAACUUGACCAGGAUUUGAAAGUACUUGAUAACAUGAAGAAGGAGGAUAAAGAUGCAGUUAUGGUGGAGUUGGUCAGCCAAUUUUGUGAAAUUGUCGGUUUGGACUCAUCAUUACCUGAAAACGACAGGCAGGCCAGGACGUACUUGAGCGCAACGGAAUGGAAGACCGACCUUGCUGUGCUUGCCUAUUUUGAAGAAUCAUAUGGCAUCUCCUGAAGACAGUUCUGCUUUCUCAAGAUUGUGUGAUAAAAGAGAACAGCCACCAUUGAUCCUCUUAUGACUAGAAAAGUGCACCGAUUACUGUUGGGUCUUUGUCUUAGUCUUAGUCAGGUUUGCUAAUGUUUGAAGGUUUGGAAUGAACUCCACUAGAUUGUUGUCUGUUGGUGUAAUAGGUAGCCUACAAGUUUUGUUGGGGGGUUUUUGUGUGAGUGUUUUUUGUUGUUGUUGUUUUUUUGGGUGGGGAUGGGUUGAGGUUUGUUUGCUUUUUUUAAGGGGGAGGGGGGGGGGGGGGGGGGAGAAGAAGAAGAGAUGAUGAUUACUAAUUAUAUUCUCAGAAAGAAUUUUGUUUGUUUUUCUUUGAAAAGGCAAAAGGUUCAUGGGUUUACUUUGUCAUUGUAAAGAUUGACCACCAUGUCCGACACUGUAAGGUUAUUUAACCCUAUCUGUACGCCCUGGGGUCAUUUUGUGCCCCUGGGUUGUUUUUUUCACAUUUUAGAAUACUUCUAGUUCGGAGAUCUCUUUGAAACUUUCAGUAUUUCUCAAAAAAUCAUUUUGACAGACGGCUACGCAAAGCGCACAGAUCGGAUUAACAGGUAAAUUUCCUCUUUGAAAGUGGUGGCACAGAGUUCCCCACAUCAUAUGGAUACGAUAGUAAAACACGACGUACAGAUAGGGUUAAGCGGUGGGACCCACGAACUUAAGGUCCAUCUCUGAUAGGACAGGGCCAAAUAGACGAAGAGCCUUAAAAACUCUCCAAAAAAGCAUUAAAAAAUUCAGAACACCCAUUGGGGAUUCAAGCCAGGGCCAUCCACUCCAUAGUCAAGCAUGACACCAAGCUAACGGUGCCCCCUGGUUUACUUUGGACUAAAGUCUAAAAAUGCUUCAUCGUAAUAAUCACUUCUGCUAGAUCAUUAAAAUUUGAUCAGUUUCUCUUUUUAAAAUAAUGAGACAGAUGUCAUCUCCGUAGAUUAGUCGCUACCCUAGAAUUACAAAGUUCUAUCUGCUCAGUACCUAGUUUUGAGAAAUUGGCCGAAAAAAA